AUGUGCCAGACUUUCCGUGAUUUGGCAACAUUGAUCUCAUGCACGGUGGCUGUUGCAGCGGUUCGGCCGCUACAUGACAUUUCGGACCAGCAGAUCAACUCGCAGGAGAGCGCAGAGCCGACAAAAGUCCUGCAGUGGGCACAGGAUCCGACUACCCGAGCACGCACCGCCUGCUCGUUUUGGAAAGCCCAGCCCGAUGAGAGCGGGCUGAACUGCGUUUGCUCUUUGCCUGGCUAUUCUCAACCCUUUGGUCUGAGCCGAUUCUGCUUGUGGAGCCACCAGCAUUUUUCAUAUCCAGAUGAAUUCAGCCCAACAGUGAUCGAAGAGCAUCACCCCACUUGGCAGCUGUGGAAUGAGAAGUGUGAGUGUGUGAAGUAUCUAGACGAGUACCGCGACCACCCGGUUGAGGUUCAAAGGAUUACAGCCGUGGACUUUUGCUCCAUGCUUUUUGUUGGCGCCUUCUACGCGACUCCUGGAAUACCCAAGUGGGAAAGAAGAUAUCUCGUUCAAAAGCGCGAUGCUAUGGUGCAAGAAGUUGACAGACAGCUGUCCUCGAAUGCUUGCAAGAGGGCCUUGGCAGAUAGAAACAAAAUGUCGCAGCUCUUUCCAGGCGAUGGCGCAUUAGACAGCUCUCUCAGACAGGUGUGCCAGACAGAGUGUGUUGAGCUUGUCGAUGAGAUCCGCAGCCAGAGCAAAGAAAUUGCAGACCUUGGGGUGGAGGGGCAAGGAUCCAUGAGUGGCCUGUGUUCGGAUCUUGUCGUGAAGAAGGUAGAGGCAAAUCUCCUGGGUUGCUGUGGGGACAGCUGUGGUUGGAAUGGAGAAAGCUGUCUUAGCUGGCCUUUCCUAUCGGCAGACACCCGAGAGGGAUGGAAGAAAGAAUGCUGCACAGAACGUCACAUCUUGCAAGGUUCUGAGCGCGAGCUUAUGUGCCUGAGCAUCUUACCACAUGCAGAAGAAGAGCCGUAUGUCCAACUGGAUGAGCCUCCUGCCGACAAUGGUAUUGCAGCCUUUGUGGGUGAGGAUGAAGAGCUUGUGUGGACAAAAGCUGGUGCGCAUUCCCUUCUUGGACGUCCUGGGUGGGCAGAAGAAGGCCGACGUGUGUAUGCUGGUUUUCUGCGAUGGCAGCCAAUUACCGUACAAGAAGGCUUGAACUGGGGGUACUGGACGAUUCAGAAAAGACAUUCGCUUCUCCAGACGUUGCCUGCUUCGAGUUCCGUGUCGCUGGCUCAGAUGAAUUCCUCGCAAGCAAAGAAUUCUGAGGGCUCGAAGAUGUGCACGGAGGAUAUGAGGAAGUGGCAUGCAGAGGCCCAAGCCGCCCAAGAUGGCUGGAUGUAUUUCCCUAGAACUACCAGCUGCCUCCACUCUAGCUCCGUUAACGUUUUGACUCCGCAAGAUUGUUUGGCAAGCGUAAGCUUUAACCACUACCAGAACAUCCUCGGCCGCUACUUCGAGUUCAACCAAGAUGAUGUAAAGCCCAUUACCUGCUGGGUAGAAACGAGAAAGUAUCAAUGCUCGCAAAAAAUCUUGAAGGAUCUGAAGUCUGAUGCUGCCAAAGUCAAGUUCGAGAAGAUCCGCUUCUACAAAAGAGUAUGA